UGAUUGUAUUGCCAGUGUGACUGGGCAACAUUUUUGCUGAAAAAUAUGUUUCAUGUUUUCAAGGCCGCUUUUUUUUUUCCUACUUGCAACUUCCGAUGGUGAUAGGCAUUUCUAAGGAUAAGAGUAAGGAGGGAGUUGGAGGGAUACUUUUGGAUCAGGAACAUAAAGGCAUAAGAUUGUCUUCUGGUUGUGGAGCUGCCAAAUGGUGGGAUGUGGUCAGUGGAAGGAGCACUUCAAGGGACAGUGAGCAGGGAGGGCAGACAGUCGCUCAGGUACAGACUUGUACAAGAGUGCAGCGGGAACAAGAGCAGCACUUUAAUUUGGGGUUGCGUGUGGAGAAACAUCACUUUGUAACAGAGGUGGCCUCUCCCUGUGAAUCAGAGGCUGGAGAGGAGUCUGAAGCUUAGCAAGUCCUUUGCCUGACUUCAUUGCCAAGGGCACGGCACGAUUCCCUAUACCCGGCUCCCAGGAGAACGACCCAGCUGAGGGCUGGGUGCCGCUGGGACAGCUCAAGCCAGAAUUGCCAGAGCACCAAGGAGAUGUGAGCCAGGCGUUGAUCACGUUUCUGUCAUUGCAGGCUCUCCAAGCUGGGAGGAGCUCACAUACCCUAAAUCAGAUUCCAUUUCCACCAGCUUUCACGGGAUUUGGGCUCCCCUCACCUCCCCCGAGGGCACCUGGAGAGGUGAUGGCAGCGGCGGUCGCACUGCCCCCCCGGGGCCCUGGGGCCAUCCUCUCUCCCCGCGCACCUCACGGGCCGCCUCCGAGCACCCGGCACCGCCCCUCCGCCGGCGCGGGGGUAUAAAUGAGGGCGGCUCGGAGCGGGGUGCAGUGCCGUAGCCAUGGGGAAUCGCGUCACCCGCGGGGACUUCGAGUGGGUCUAUACCGAGCAGCCCCACACGCAGCGCAGGAAGGAGAUCCUGGCAAAAUAUCCAAAGAUCAAGGCUCUGAUGGGACCAGAUCCACAUUUGAAAUGGAUUGUAUCUGGAAUGGUUUUCAUGCAGUUUCUAGCAUGCUAUUUAGUGAAAGACUUAUCUUGGAAAUGGAUUUUCUUCUGGGCUUAUGCUUUUGGGGGUUGCAUAAACCAUUCAUUGACCCUAGCCAUCCACGAUAUUUCACACAACGUAGCCUUUGGGAACAAGCAGGCCAAGUGGAACCGAUGGUUUGCAGUCUUUGCCAACUUGCCAGUUGGUGUCCCUUACUCUGCUUCCUUCAAGAAAUACCACAUAGACCACCAUCGGUACCUUGGUGGGGACAGGCUGGAUGUGGACAUUCCCACGGAUUUUGAAGGCUGGUUCUUCUGUACACCACUUCGGAAACUGCUUUGGCUCUUCCUCCAACCUCUAUUCUACAGUCUGAGACCACUGUAUGUGAACCCCAAAGCAAUUACACAGAUGGAAAUUUUUAAUGCCCUCAUGCAGUUUUCUGUAGAUUUUAUUAUUUUCUACCUUUGGGGACUCAAACCUAUUAUUUACUUAAUAGCAGGUACAAUUCUUUGCAUGGGCUUACAUCCCAUAUCUGGGCACUUCAUAGCAGAACACUACAUGUUCUUAAAAGGAUAUGAAACGUACUCUUAUUAUGGACCUCUGAACUGGCUCACCUUUAAUGUAGGCUACCACAUGGAGCACCAUGAUUUCCCCAGCAUUCCCGGAAGCAAAUUGCCAAUGGUGAAGAAGAUUGCUGCAGAAUACUACGACAACCUCCCCUAUCACCAGUCCUGGAUCCGAGUCCUGUGGGACUUCGUGUUUGAUGACAGCAUUGGUCCUUACUCAAGGGUUAAGAGAAAAUGCAAACUGGCAAAAGAAAGCUAACGGGCUAGCUCCAGCUGCUGCACUGGCAUUUUGGUUGUUUGAAUGGUUUGAGUGCUCUGCAGAAGAAGGAUGCUUGUGUGUGCUUGGCAUAGCGUUGGUAUGUGCUCCUUAGACAAAGAGGAUGAGUGUCUGCACUAUUUAAACUACUGAUACUUUUUAAUAACACAUAUUUGUGUAUGUAACCUUGAAAAACUAGAUGAGAGAAAGCUACACUCACAUGACUCUUGCUAUAGACUUAAAAUUAACUUCCUGGGACACGUGUGCCCAAAUUGGAGUUUUGGCCUGGUCUGCAAUGAAGAAUGUUCAGUGUGUGAAUGGGCGUGCUUGUGCAUAGGGUAGGACCGGUUUCUCUUCAUGCCAAGUGAGAUGUAGAUGCUUUGCAUGCACAGGACCAUGGAAGCAGGGAUGACUGGCAUGCAGUAGCAAAUGAUACUUUCUAGAGAACACAAGGGUGCCUUCAGCUCAAAGCAUUGCCUAAACUAAUCUCUCAUGCCUAACAGUGGCUGCUUGCAGUGAUUUUGUAUAUGAAAUGGAAUACGUAUGCAUUUUUGUACAUGUGAAUCAAUAUUUUAUUAGCUGCUGUUUGACCUCUAUUUCAGGGCUUUUUUUUUUUUUUUUUUAAACCUUUUCUGAGCCACUUCUAUUCUUAGUAUCUGAUGUUCAGUGUAACUUACUGACAGAGUUGAACUGUGAUGUGGAAAAACCCUUUCUUUAGUCUUCAGUUCACAGCCUGAUCAACAACACGGCAUACCACAGCUCAUGUUUUUAGGAAUGGCCGAUCCUUUACCACUCAUCUUUUCAACAGUAUUCAGAACUUCACAUUUCUCAUACCUUUCACCUCUAGAAUCCCCUCUAGGACUGGAAGAGUUCUAGUUUAAAUUGCUCCUUAUAAGGGCUUUUACUAUUCCUGAUCAUCUUUCUUGGUCUUCUUUGUAUUAUACCUAUUUCUGGGAAUAGGAGUUAGGAGUAGCUAUUACUGAAGACACUGGAGACGUUAUGGUGACAUUUGUGCCUAACCACUUUCAGUGCAAUUUUAACUUUUUCCUAUCUGUGAUUCUAUGGGAACUGACUCAGCAAUCAGGAAGCAUGCGAUACUCCAGCUAUAAAAGCCAUCCUUAAUGGUGAUAAGGGGAUAUAACCAGGACACAGAGCUGGUGUUGUUCUCUCCCUGCAUGCCAUGUAUUGCACUAUUGACAUUGACCUAGAUCUGUCAUUUCUACCCCUUGGAACAAUUCCAUCUUCCUGCCUCUAUUCUCCAACCACCAGCUUCUGGCUACCCUCAGUAAUUGUGUUUCAUCAAAAACCUUAACCACCAUACCUUUCUCCAUGCAGAAUAUACUGAACAAUUUCUUGGGAGUCAGGAGCUGAGCUGUCAUCUAACAAAUUCCUUGUACUCUGGAAAGCCGACUACUUAUUUCUGUCCUUACUAAGUGGUUAAAAGAGAACAGAUCUAUAAAGGUCCUCUUAUAACAUGACAGUUUAAUCCCCCUAAUGGUUUUGACUUUUUGUUUUUUUUCUAGAAAUCCAUAUACGUUACAAAGGAAAUAUUAUUCCACAUUCAUGUUGAUCUCUCAAAGUAUGUUACUGGGCCUGGGAUGCCCAAUUUCCUCAAUAAACACAGUUUUGUUUCUGCCUCCUACAGCACUGGAUCCAGUGAGUCCUUCUGGUACGAUCUUUUGGCAGUAGUUUGUCUCAGUGCUACUAGCACCUCAUCAUCAGAUACUCAAUUUCUUGUGUCCUUAGCAAACUGCUUCACAACUCUCAGCCAGUUCAGCAAGCUAACAUAAGACCAGUAUUAGAGAUUAUCCUGCAUUCCUCAUUCUGACCAUUGCAUUACUCCUCUGGGGAAACUGACUUUUCUCUAGCUCCCUUAGCUGCUCCACAAUGCCAUUAACCUACAUGAUCCAUAUGUUAAUAGCCAAGCCUUACAGAGGCUACAGUGUAAACUGAGGGUAACCAAAAUUGUUGGCUGCUUCUCACCUGCGUAUCAGCUGUGUUCCCACUGUACUUCGCCACAGUCCUCCCAUUCUGCAGAUAGAUUUAAAGGUGCCGGAGGCCCUGGUACCUGCUGUGCCAGUUGAAGUGGGUCACUGAUCUCUUGGUAGGACUGAUCACAGCUGCUCUCUGCUCUUGGGACUUGACUAGCAUACCCAGAGCCUCAGCAAUCUGGAGUGGACUUAUAGUGCUGAGUAAGCACCUGGAGAUGGGACCAGGUGUUACUGCUUCUGUCAGCCAACCCCCCCCUGCCCAUCCUGUGCACCUUGGGACUCUGCCCCCAUUGAAUGGCCCUAUGGAAACUUCAGUUAAUUGUCUUAAUGACAGGACACUCAAAGGUAAAACGUGAACUGAGCCAGGGCCCAACUUUGUCAAGCUUAAGUAAGAUUAAUGGAGAGUUUCAUAGAAUGGCUGUGACCAUCUGUGGGGCAGCAGUUUAGAAAAGCGCUUGCUGUUGUCAUGUAUGCCAUAAAAUGGCAUAGGACAAGAGGUAAAGGCCUUAAGUCGCACCGGGGAAGGUUCCAGUGGAGUAUUAGGAAAAAUUUCUUCUCAGAGUGGUAAUGCAUUGGCACAGGCUGCCCAGCGUGGUGGGGGAGACACUGUCCCUGGAGGUGUUCAAGAACUGUGGAGAUGCGGCACUGAGGUGUACGGU